GAUUUCAUGUCCCGCCGUUCAUGUUGAGAAUCUCCCGCUUGGGAAAGCACGUGGUCACCGCACUCGAUGGCGUCGGCGGAUGGCAGCAGAAGGGAUGGCCGAGAGGGUUGUUGACCUCUCGACCAUCGACAUGGCUUCGACAACAUGAGAGGAGCUUCAGUGGCGUAGCUAGGAGGCUUCAAGAGCAGGAACACCAUACAGAGAUACAAGGCGAGACACAGCGACAGCCAACGGAACAGAUACACAUCCACGAGACUUCCAACGACACAUCUGCAUUCGCGCGUACUUUGCCUGUCGUCUGCCCAGGAUGUGGAGCCUUGAGCCAGACGGUCGUCCCGGACGCUGCUGGAUACUACACGGAGAGGAGGAAGCGUGAGAAGAGCGUUCGCAAGAAAGGCGAGGAUGCAGUAUUUCGAGAAGCCAUAGCAAGGCUCGAAGGUAAGGCCUCCGCACAAGUCCCACCAGAGCAGCCCGAAGCCGAGACGAAGCCUGCAUCUCCCAUCUGCGACCGCUGCCACGACUUGAUUCACCAAUCCAAAGGACAGUCCAUCGUCCACCCUUCCAUGCAGUCUAUCCAGGCUAUCAUCGAAUCCAGCCCGCAUAAACACAACCACAUCUACCACGUCAUUGACGCCGCCGACUUUCCACUCUCCCUCAUCCCAAACCUCAUGUCCGCACUGGAUCUCCCGAGACUGCGAACGCAAAACCGUCGAUCCAAGAGUCGGACAUACACCCGCGGUCGAGUCGCAGAUGUCUCCUUCAUCAUCACUCGAUCGGAUCUCCUCGCGCCGAAGAAAGAGCAAGUCGAUCGGUUAAUGCCAUAUCUGCAGGAUGUCCUGAGAGAUGCUCUGGGACGCACGGGUAAGAAUGUGAGAUUGGGCAGUCUACGAUGUGUCAGCGCGAAGAGAGGAUGGUGGACACCGAGCGUGAAGAAGGAGAUUUGGGAUCGAGGUGGUGCGGGCUGGGUCGUGGGCAAGGUGAAUGUGGGCAAGAGUGCGUUGUACGAGGUUGUCUUUCCGAAGGGCAGCAGCGAGCACGUGGAUGUCAAGGCUUUGCGAUCCGCGGAGGGUCGUUUUGGUGCCAAGGAAGAGGAUGAGGAUGAACUGUCUCUUCUACCGCCCGCUCAGCCAGAAACACAGUACCCGCAAAUGCCGACAGUUUCCGCCUUGCCCGGCACGACAGCCUCGCCCAUCCGCAUCCCAUACGGCAAAGGAAGAGGCGAGCUGAUCGACCUCCCCGGAGUCCAACGCAGUUCACUCGAAACCCACAUCCAACCUGAACACCACGCCUCACUCGUCAUGAAAAGCAGAGUCACUCCUGAACAACACACCCUCAAACCAGGCCAAUCCCUCCUCCUCGGCGGCAUCAUCCGCAUCACACCCAAAACCGACGACCUUGUCUUCCUAGCCUACCCCUUCACACCCCUCAAACCCCACGUCUCCUCCAAAGCCGUCGCCAUCCAGACCGGUACCAACGAGGAUGGCACGCCCUACACUGGAACCAUCGAGAACAUCGGCACCCAAACCGCCAAAGGUCGCGUCAAGAGUGCCGGCACCUUCAAACUCGAAUGGGACGUCACCAAGCCCCGCGCUGGGCCUCUGACCGAUAAGACAGCCGGGAAACAACGCGCCGAGAACCUCCCGUUCAUGAUCUACAGCGCAGAUAUCCUCAUCGAAGGCGUGGGUUGGGUAGAACUCGCGUGUCAAGUCCGCAAGAAG